CCCCACCGCCUGCACCUACUGAGCGCAUGCGCAAAGGGAAGCCGAAAGUGAAAAUUGCACAUCAUGCUAACAGUCCGUGCUGCGUACUCACAGGACUACAGCUGUAAGUAGAACGCUAAUAAGAGUAGUAAGUGCACAAGGCGAGGUGGAUCGGCGGCGUCGUGCAGUACGCCGCGAGGAUGGCCGAUGCCCGCACUGUGUCGACUGUUUUCGGCACUGCGGUAGUUCUGCGUCAUGUACCAGCUGAGCCGGCUAAAAGAGCGCGCUUGUGACGUCUUACGGUGUUAACCGGCACCGGCAAGAUGGCAUCAACAAUGCAGUUGGAAUUCACCCAGGCAAUGACGGACUUCAAGACGAUGUUCCCGGACAUGGACGACGAUGUAAUUGAGGCGGUACUCCGCGCGAACCAGGGUGCCGUUGACGCUACUAUCGACCAGUUACUAGCGAUGAGCACUGACAACCAGAAUGAGCGGUUGCGGCUGGAGAUGGAGCGAGUCGAAAGUUGCACUCCGUCACACCGCAAAGACAAGCGAUCAGGCCGGCAAGAAAAUGGAGAGGAUACUGACACCACUGCUCUUGUAGAUGUCGAUGAUGAAUCAAUUCCUCUAGCAAUACGAAAAAAGUGGGUUCCGCGAAUGCUUGGUCCUCUACCGCCGAUGUUCCUGCGCAUCCCACCAGGGACCGACGCUAGAAUAGAUCUCAGUUUGGAUAUGGACGACGACCGCAUCGCUACUUUAUUACAAAAUGAAGAAUUCAUGGCUGAACUAAGGUGGAACCAAGAGUUCAUGGCUGCAUUGGAUAGCGAACAGGGACAAAAAACUAAAACUCACGACGACGAAGCGGCUUUUAAAGAAAGACUGAAAAAUAUGGGCAAACUAUCCCGUAAGAAAUUCGCGCAACUCUCACGCAUGUUUAGUCGUGGAGGGUCGCGACGCGCGGGAGGUGCACGUGCGCCGCUUUCCGCGCGACCACCUGACAGCCUGCUGCUUCAGGAGGAACACAGCGACGACGAAGACCGACUACACCACCCGAAGGUGUAAUCUGGUUUCCUAAUUACCUAGACACACUCGUACACAAAUAAUUGACACGAGAAAAAUAUUUGAGAACAUAAAGGUAAAUAAAUAUCGAAAUAAAAUUAAUAUAAAUCUUCGGUCGGGCUUUGGCUUACUGUUGCUUGACCGCCAAAAGCGUGGCCCUCCCAUAGAAACAAACAUCCACGAUUGGUUUUAUAAACCAAGGAAAUAAUGUGUUGAUAUGGCAGUCAAAUUAUGAUGUCGUCAGUCACGCUAGUCGGUGUUGUGACUUAGUUCACCUGGGCUAAAUUCACCUAGGUGCAUUAAGGACACUACUUAGUAGACUUGUUUCACCCAUGUUUGCUGCAGUGAUGAAAUAUAGAAUACUUUCCUAAUUUACUAGGGCAAUAAGAAAAGGCACAAACCGCCAAACAUAUUGUUCGGAAUAUAUACUAAAGUUGCGGAAAUCAAACAUGCUUUGCAUAUUUUACUUCGCGAGAAAUGAUGAUUAUAGUGCUCUUUCUGGCACAAACUCAACUAUUGAAUGCAUUAAGUAUGUGUAAUAAUGAGAUCUUUCCAAGCUUCUGUAAAGCCACGGAUGUGUUGUGUAUUAGCUAUUAUCAAAGCUAACUUGUAAUUUGCCAUUCUAGGGCUGUAGUAAGGUGGUAACCUGUCAAGUAUACGUGUGAACUUUAGUCCCUUAAUUGGUUACCCAGCCGAAAUGAAAUGAGCCUUAAUAGGUAGACCUUAUGACGUUUCACAAGGUUCGGAUAAGACUGGGAUUGUAAAUAAAGAGGUUGUUGUUAUUGGUAUGUACUAAUAAAAGUCAAUUGCUUCAAUUCUAGUAGGGCUCACGUAGAUUUUUAAAGAGAUUAUACCUAAUAACUUUAUUUCUGUUAUAAAGAAUAGAUCACACAAUCUACGUAAGCCCUCAAAUUCUUCUUAUAAUUGAAAUUUUUAGAGCAAAGAGUAGAUAGAGGCUGUUAAGAAAAUUUGUAUAGGACAUUCUUGUAAUAGUUAGACAAUGUAAAUAACUGUUGCAAUAGAUCGAUAAGUAGAAUGCUUUCCGACGUCUAAAUUUAGUACCGUUAGCGGUAUUUUGUUAGAGAUCUUACUGAUCGCUGGUUAACUACAAAUUGCGAGUUACGAGUAUGCACCAUUACCCCAUCUGCACGACUGACCGUGGAUAUCCAUUGUUACUUUAAAUCUAUAUCUGGAUAGAUAUGUAUUACAAGUCACAAAUUCGUAUUAUUUUGUAAUGCUUUGUAUAAACUGGAAGGAAUGUAGCGAUGUUCAAAAAAACUAAAAAUACGUCUUAAGUACCUAAUUACCAUUUAACAUAUAUACUUUGCCUACCUAUUGACUAUGAUUUUAAAAAAUUGGAUAAUACAAAAAUUAAUAUAAUAUAAUAUAAAAAUUGCAUAAGUUAUUGUAAUUUUCUUAAAUCGCAAUCCGUAUUCCAUAAUCCGUAAUCGAUCCGUAAUAGAUCGUUGCUCUGUCACCUCUAAAAUUGUUACGGUUGCGAUGGUUGUCAAUGUGUAAAUGUCAUAAUAUAUUAUGUUCUACGUUUGUAAUUUACUAUUUUGUAGUGAUUGAUUGAAGGUGCAAUAAUUUGAGUUAGCUAAAAACAAAAAAUGAAUUUUUGCUAAAUUGACGAAGCAAGAAUAAGCUUAAGUUAUAUGAUAGUUCUAGAUCGGCGAUGACAUGGGGUAAUAAUAAAAUUCUUUACUAUUUGUUACAAUUAAAGUGCUACUUUUGUGCUUAUUCUGGAAUCUAUGGUAUUGAUAAACCCGUGCAUGUUUUAUCAUACAAUAGUAGUAGAUGUUUAUAUUUGUAAAUUAAUUUAGAUUAUAGUAAAACGUUGAUGUAGCAUUUAUCAUUUUUGUAUUAUGCAAAAAUUACAGCAAUAAAUUGUGUUACAUUUUGGUAGAAUUUAGUUGGUGUUGAAUAGAGCUUCGAAAGAAUACGUAACGGAUGUUUAGAAUACAUUGGCAGAAUCAGAAAUCGUUUGAUAUUUUGACUUGAUUAAAUAAAUCAUACAGCAUAAACCUUGUUACUUUUCAAUCAUAUACAAAAAGGCUCUUCGUAUUAAUCUUAAGUCGCCAUUUCGUUCAGAACAGCUAAUUAGCAUAUUACCUACUUACCUAAAUAGUGCGUCCACUUGCGUAUGCAAAUGAAUAUCAUGUCAUGCAAUUACGCAUACAGAAAAAUAUUCAGCCUCGAGAGGGGAAACACUCUAUUUAUCUGCAAUGUGAAAUUACAAAAUGCAGUAGCAGUCACGGCUUUUUGCGUGCUAACGGAAAAUCAUAACAUGCUAAGAAUUUUAGUUGUUGAUUUUAUUUACUAUAUGCGUGGGCGUGAAGGGUGCCUUCACUUACAUUAAAGAAACCAAUUGAAACAGUUGAAAUUCACCAUAGACAAUUACGUUAUUUUGUUAUAAAGAGGAUGACAGGAAGUGGCAACUAUAAAUAUUUGUAUUGCUACAGUUGUUUGUUAUCAAUUAUCUUGAAUACAAUCACCAGCUAAAAUGCUUUAUUACACAGAAUAAGUACUUAAAGUAUUUUAAUAUUAAUUAUUAAAUAUUGAAGUAUUGUCCCACUCUUUUUUUGCACUUUGCAUAGAUCUUAAUCAAUGUUCUAUAUCAAAUAGCAGAGUGACUGUGGGACUUUUGAGUUCUAAUAACAAACGACUGUUGCUCUACCUACCUAAAGGAUUGUCAAUAAAACUUUAUUGGAUCGUACCCGCUUUUUCAAAAGUUUAGCUACACUUCUGUGCCCUACAGAGAAAAACAUUACCUAAUGUCAUAAACAUAAAGAACACAGAACCUUAGAAUCGUGGCUCAUUAUUUGCUCUAACAGUUUAUAUAGACGAAGUGUGAAAUUGUUCAUCUCGGUUCGUGUGUCCAACAAAGCUUAGGUAGUUCACAGAGUAUCUUUGUAACAAAAUGUACUUUGUUGAUUUACCGUUACGUUACGUCUCAAAUUAGAAUUAUUAAUUUAAUGUAAUGUAAUAAAGAAAUUAAACAAAUAGACACUUCCCUUGUCCACUAUACUAAACUAUACGCAUCUGAUGCCCAGUAGUCAGUCACCGUGAUUCAACUCAUUUAUACGUAUAUAUCCUUGAGGCUGCAUGAAAUGAUAAAAAAUAAAAUGAUAGCGUAUUAAUUUAAGUCUAUAUAAUGAAAUAAAUAAACUAUUACUUCAAAUGUGUUUA